ACAAAAACAACUACACCUGCGUGUUUAUACGGCUAAACGCGCACUAGAAUAGUAGAACUUUUUCUUUUAGAAGUUGUAUCCAGUUGAACUAGUAGAGUGAGUAGGAUGAAGUAACAGUCGAUGUACGGCAUACAAUCGCAUAGAUGCAAGCUUUUGAUCAGACUUGCAUAUUAAUGAUCAGAUGACAUUAACACGUGCUGUCAUAUCUUGCUCGCGCCGUCCAAAUGAAGAAGGCUUACACUUUGCUUUGACAGGAGUGACUUGUUAAUCAGUAAAGCGCACAGAUUGUUGCUGCACGCUAAAUCAUUUUUAUGCAUAAAUGGGGUCCAAAGGAAUACUCCUAAUACUAGCUGGAGUCCUCGUCGCUUAUUAUGUUUAUUCACCAAUUCCGUAUGAUAUUGAAGAGAGAUGGAAGCUGAUGGUUACAGAUUCAUUCUUCAGAAGUCUUAGUAAUCUGGCAGAGGUCAGUGAGCUCCUUGGUCUGAAGCACUACAUGGGCGUGAUGAUGUUCCUCACCGUAGCUGAAGAGGUCGUUCCAGCAUCUGAUGACAAUGUGAAAGUUACAGACGCCUUGUUUUAUGAUGUACCGGUUGUUGUGUAUGAACCCAAGAGAAAAACCAACGGGGAGCUCAACAGGGCUGUCAUCUUUAUACAUGGUGGGGGCUGGUGUUUAGGCAGUGCAAGAAUGGGACCUUAUGAUCUUCUCUCCAGAAGGACUGCCAAGGAACUGAAUGCUGUUGUUGUAUCUGUAGAUUACCGAUUGGCUCCAGCGUACCAUUUUCCUGUUCAGUUUGACGAUGUUUAUAAUGUGGUAAAGUACAUUGUACAAGACCAUGUCCUGAGCCAGUACUCUGUGGAUGUCAACCGCAUAGCUGUUUCAGGAGACAGCGCUGGUGGAAAUUUAGCUGCUGCAGUAGCACAACAGCUUCAAGAAGAUCCAGAAAUCCAAGUUGUUCUGAAGGCGCAAGUAUUGCUGUACCCUGCACUUCAGGCCUUGGACAUGAAUACACCUUCGUACCAGCAGAAUGAGUACAUGCCUAUACUGCCAAAGACAUUAAUGGUCAGGUUUUGGAGUGAAUACUUCACCUCUGAUUUAUUCCUCUUUCAUGCAAUGAUGAGUAACAGCCACAACAGUUUGGAGUCUGCUCAUUUAUUGAAGUUUGUAAACUGGACCGUUUUCCUGCCUGAGAUCUUCCGAUUGAAGUACAAUUAUACCAUGCCAAGCUGCAAGAGCUCAGACCCGUCAGAAACAAUCUCAUCCAUCACAGACCCAAGAGCUUCUCCCCUGCUAGUUGACGAUGUGAAAUUGCAAGUGUUGCCCAAAGCCUACAUUCUGACCUGUGAGUAUGAUGUGCUGAGGGAUGAUGGUGUAAUGUAUGCCACAAGGCUAAGAAGAGCAGGGGUGCAGGUAACCCUUGAACAUUUUAAAGACGGCUUCCACGGGGCGAUGAUGCUCACUAUAUGGCCGACCAGCUUUGAAGUUGGGCACAGAAUGGUAAACAGUUACAUUAAGUGGUUAGAUAACAAUCUAUAAACUAGAACUGUUUCAAGGCUUCAAAAUAAUUCUGCUGCAGAUGGAUGUGUGAAGGAUGUACUGUAUCAUUUAAAAAAAAAAAAAAAAAAAAAGAUUACUAAAUUGCACAACUAUAAACCAAAAUAACCCCCUUGGUUCAUGGAAUAGAUUUUCAUUUUGAAAUCAAACUACAGUACAUACAAAAAACAAACCAAAAGUACAUAGACUCUAGAUUAAUAAAUAUGAAUUACAUUGCUGGAAACUGGAGAGCCUUAAUGUUUGCUUUUAUGAUCUGUGGUCAAGUAUAAUUCCAUGUUAACUCUUCAAGGAUCAAGCCUAUUUGGAGAUAUGACUCCCCCCAGCUUUUCAGUGGUUCAAAAUUUUUUUCAAUGAAGUUUACAGACCUGCUAGACACCUUCAUCUAUGUGCUUGUGACACGUUUCGUUAUACACACAUAGUAUCCUUGGAGCAAAUUUAAACUACAAAUGUAUGCAUGUCUAAUUUAUCAGAAUCUGAUAAAUAUUCAUAUACAGUAGCUAUACUUUAUCUAUGACUUUGCCUCGUUGUCUCAUUGCGAUACAGUAUAUUAUCAACACCCAAUAGAACAUUCCAAAAUAAUAAAAAGAUACAUUUGCAGUCAACAUUUUCAGGAGCUUUGCCAGUCAUGCUAUCUACUCCUUUUUGCACAUACUAUACUUCUGUAUACAUGGGCUGUGAACGUUAGUGUUGGCUCAGUGAGGUCACACUUUGAGGGUCUCCAUAGUGAACAUGAUUGCAGUCCCCAAACUACACUCCAGUAAUUUCCUAUGUACAUGUGAUCCCAAAUAUUUAAUGUCUGAGUGCUUGUCAGAUCUAAUAUUUUAGUUGUACAGAAGGGCGCAAAAGAAUGAGGGGAUUUUGCCCAGCUCUUUAAAUUCUUCAGUUUGGGCUAAUCCAUGAUUCAUAAACCAUGGGUUAGUGACAAUGUUUGACCGCUCAACUGUUUGUUUGUUUAUGUGGGUCGUUGGAAACUGCAGGGUUCUUAUUAGGCCCAAGGUCCCUUAUUUUCCAGAUUAAGGACAUGACAAAGCACAUUAACGUUUCCUAAACUGGGGGAACCGGUGGUGAAAUAAGCAGAAAUUGGAGUGUCUUAAGUUUAAUCUAAAAAAAUAUGCAGAGCUGCCAUUACAAUUAGGUUGUCUUCUUGAAUAAGUGCUAGAGACGAAGGGGCUUAUUAAAAAAGGUUAUUUAUGACUUGCUUCAGGCCCUAAGAGAAUGCAGCAUUUAUUUUACAUGACAUGUAGUGAGUAGUAAUACGUUAAAUUCUCUGUCUCUUGCUGUGUUACAUUAGAAAGUUGGAAUGUUUACAACAAAAAGCUUUUGAUGAAGUGUUUAUUCUGCUGACCUUGCCUCCAGUUGAUGUAACGUAUGUUCUUGUGCCCAUCAUCUUUAAGAUCCUGUAAGGUGCUAUGGCCUACUACCAGAGCAAUGAUAAAUUUAGAGAUUUCCCUAAGCUUGUUCUAAAAUGUUUGUUGUCAAAAUGGGGGCGUGGAUUUUUGUUAAUCAUUUUUUUGCUGCAGAAUUGUUUGUAAGCAUUAGAAAGGUCUUGACUCAACAAUUUGUCAGAAUUGCCAGAAGGGGAACAAAAACUAGUUUAAAAAAGAGAAAAAAAUAAAUAAAAAGUCAGUGCAACUCUACAUUGUACAGCCUUGCUGUGCAUUAGCCUGUUGUAAAUUAUUGCUAUAGCUGCUCAACUAAAUUGCCAAGCUGUGGCAACUGUGGCAUUCUGUUGAUCUAAUGAUGUACACAGAGGUAGAUUUAAACACGCACUGCCCCUAACUAGUGCUUUGCUUUAUAGGUAAUUUUUGACACUUAUUUGACACCCAUACAAAUACAGAAAUAAAACCCAAUAAACAAAAUGGUAUAAUGCUGUCCAAUAACACUGAUGUUUCCAAACAUACAGUAUACAGUACUGUUUUGGGAUGGUACUGUAAUAUUCUUUAUAGCAAAGUCUAUGUUAGAGUGGACUUACAGUGGUGUAGAGGGCCGAUCUUGAUCUACCCCUGUUUGGAUAUUUGAAUAGACUCUGUGGUUUUGGCUUAAUCAAGUCUAUGGUGUUUGCAAAUCACAAAUACACAAAGAGACAUUAAGGUUUUACAUGUGAUGUUUUUCUAUUUUUGAAUGUUGUAUCACAUCUUUUGUUUUACUUGGUCCUUUUUUGUGUGUACAGAUUUCUUAGGACCAGGGAAUGUUUUUCUUCUGAUGAUUCUAUGCUGAUUCUAUUUUACUAUUUGUAGGUAUGUGUUUUGGGUAAAAUGAACAUUUUUGUUUUAUUCUAUAAACUACUGACAACAUUUCUCCCAAGUUCCAAAU